AUGAAAGACCAUUAUAUUAAUAUAUUAUUGUUUGCUCUUCCAUUAAAUAUAUUGGUAUAUAAUCAAAGGAACUAUUACAUUACACCACGUCAUACAGAAACCAACAGAUCUUUAUGUGAAUGUGAAUUAUAUUCACCUACGAACUAUGAUAGUGAUCCCGAAAUGAAAAGGGUAAUGCAACAAUUUGUGGAUCGUACAACACAACGAUUUCACGAAUAUGAUGAAAGGAUGAAAACUACACGCCAAAAAUGUAGAGAACAAUGCGAUAAAGAAAUACAAAAAAUUAUUUUAAAAGAUAAAAUCGAAAAGGAAUUGGCACAACAGUUAACCACUUUAGAAACAAACAUAACUACUAAAGAUAUACCUACAUGUGUUUGCGAAAAGUCGUUAGCAGAUAAAGUGGAAAAAACAUGUUUAAAAUGUGGAGGUGUGUUGGGAGGUGGUAUUGCACCAAGUGUUGGUAUAUUGGGAGGAAUUGGCGAAGCAAUUAUGAGUGCCUGGAAAGUUGCGGCACUUAAAGCCGCUACAGAAUAUGCCUUAACUGAGGGUGCUGCUAAGGGUGCUAUUGCAGGUAAUGCCCAAGGUAUGGAAGUAGUUAUUAAUUUUUUGAAAUAUUGGGGUGUAAAUGAAUUUUUUUCUGAAAUAUUUGAAUCCAUUCUUAAAAUAAGCCAUUAUAGUAAAGUCAAAGAUUUUGCUGAUGCUAUUAUUACAAAAAAAGCUCAGAUCUGUGCGGAUGGCCUCCUUAAGAAUCCUGCUAUGUGCCGAAAAAUUGAUAUUAAAUUUGGUCUAAGUGAUGAAUAUGGCACACCAAUUGCUGGUCCACCAAAUAUUGAAAUACCACAAAAGAUAAGCGGACUUGUUGAACAAGCUGAUCAAGCUGCUGUUGAAGUCGCCAAGGAUACAAGUCAAAGUGUUGCUGCUAAAAUCACAGAAGAACAAACCGCUGUGAUAAAUGCUACAUAUACUAGUUGGCAGAUUGCUAUAACAGCUUCUGUUAUUGCAAUAGUAGUCAUAGUUUUAAUUAUGGUAAUUAUUUAUUUAAUUUUACGUUAUAGACGAAAAAAAAAAAUGAAAAAAAAACUCCAAUAUAUAAAAUUAUUAGAAGAAUAG